AUGCCCCCGUCGUGCCCCCUCCCUGCCUGGCCUCCCACUCUCCAGGUGCUCGGGGUCCAGGUCUGCGUGUUUCUGUCCAGCCUGAGCCUGUGGGGCCCCGCGCUCUCGGUGGAGGCGGCCAGACUGCGCUGCGGCUCUGAGCUGCUCAGUGAUCUGCUGUUCGUGUGCGGAGACCGAGGCAUCUACAUCGGUAAGGGCUCCUGGUCCGGGUACGGUUCCAGACCCAGAGGGCGGGGCAUAGUGGACCACUGCUGCCGGCCUCCUGGCUGCGAGCUGCAGGAUCUGGAGAUGUACUGCGCCAAAGCCAAGAGCCCGGUGCAGACCACCACCCCCACCACCCCCACCACCACUGCAAGCAGCAGCACCACCUCUCACAUGUUCCAGACCGUGUUCCAGAGAAAGCUGAUGAAGCUGCAGGGAACCAACAGCACCAGGAGGGACCCCCCCACCAGGAAAAUGCGGCUCUCUGCCCAGUGGGGGGUGCGGAGCGCCCCCGUCCAAUAGAGAGAUGGACUCUAAGCAUGUGACGUGCAGACCCCCCCCCACCUCAGAGAACCGUCCUGGAGGGAGUUUAUGAAGCCGAGCGCUGCAGGACGAAGGAGACGAUGAGGAGAGGAGCACGCCGCCGACCCUCUGACCUGCUGGUGCACGUGCUCAUGCACGGCUGAUGUGUCCUCUCACAAACGUGUGCACUUUUAACUCAAUGUCCUUGUUGUACAGCUUCUGUGUGUGUGUGUGCGUGUGUGCGUGCGUGUGAUGACCUGCAAAGGUUUUCUCUUAUUUAUUGUGGAGCCGCCUGUAAUCCUGCAGCUGAAUAAAAGGGAAGAAUCUCUGAUUGUGUGGUGUGUGCUCGUGGGGGUCCGUGCACGUUGCUGAAAGCAGCUGCUUGAACUCCUCUCGGCUCUGAAGGUCGUCUGAUAACCAGAUUCCUGCUGGAACUAUUUCAUUUAGUUAUUAUUGGAGCAGCAGCGGCUCUCAGGAGCUGUUUGGUUCUUCACUCAAGAAGCUGACGAAUCCUCCGUUCAGGAAGUUUAAGAAGAAAUCGUCCUGAAGAUUUGAAGUAAUUUCAUUAAAUGUCUGAAGAGCCAGAAAAGCUGCAGAUCAAAUCAAAUCAAUCAAUAACUAGAUCAAAUGUUUUGGCUGAAGUGGACAAAAACUUUCAUUUAGUUUGAAAUGACGAGUCAACGCAACAAAAUCAUGAGAAACAUUUUCUACAAAAUAAAAGAAGAAAAA